CCCAACUGCAGACUACCGCCAAUAUGCUCGACUAAGGACGUGGUCGAAUAUCCAUAAAAUCUUAACCGGUCGAGAAGUAACGGUCGUACGACGCAGGACGUGAGAGGUAGCGCUGCCCACCGACUGCCUAGCGAAACGACGCCUCGAGCCUCUUUUCCCGAUUCGUCUGCAGAUAUGGCCGUUUCGAACCGGAAUCCAAUCGAGCCAGAGUCUCGGGGCUCGAUAUCCGACCUCUCGAAACUCGUGACCUCGCUCGACGCAUCCACGUCCAUCUCGGAAUUCAUCAAUACCGCCCUGUCCUCCUCUUUACCAUCUCCCAACCUCAACCUCAAUCUCUCUACCGUGGACCGUUCCGUCUCGGACCUCUUGGCACGACUGAGCAUCCUCACGCAUGACACGUCUUCCCAGCUCGAGAGGUCUAUCCAUGACAUCUCCCGGACGGUACCUCGGCUCACGUAUGACCUGCAAUACAUGCGGGAAAGCGCCGAGGGAGUCCGCCGGUCCCUCGAAGGCGUGGAGAGUCGACUCAAGAAACCUGGUCCGGCCGCAACGUCGUUCGGGGGACCGUCGGACGAUCGUCGAGAAGAAACGACCCGGAUCUUGGACCGGCUCACCAGGCUCGAUACGCUCAAACAUAAUCUGACCGAUGCCCGAUCCGUUCUGAGAGAGGCGGAAUCUUGGUCGACACUAGAGACCGAGACAUCCAACUACCUGUCUUCAGGAAAAUACCGCCAGGCGGCUAACAGGCUGGCAGAAGCCAGCGAGAGCAUUCACAUGUUCCAGCGGAGUCCGAAAGAGUACGAUCUCAGGAAGGGGCUCUUGGUCAGCUUGCAGAAUCAGUUGGAGGCCGAGCUGGAUGGCACAUUGGCAGAUAUGGCUUCGGUCGGCAAGGAUAUCGGUAGCGCCAGCAUCAAGGAGACCAAACGGGAACGAGACGCGGCCGAUGGCGAGGGCUCGGACGAAAAGGAAAAGAUGGACUUGCCCGAGCUGUUGAAGAUAUUCAGCCUCAUCGAGCGGGAAGGGGAAUACAGGUCCAUCUAUUUUAAUGCCAGGAGGAAGACGGUCGUCGAUGCAUGGAACCAAGCCAAGCUGGUCGAGGUCGAAGCGGAAUCGAGAUCGGCAUCAGAUUCUACCACCGCAGCUCAGCAUUUCCUCGACUUUCUACCCGGUUUCUUUUCAACCUUUCUCUCCACCCUGCGAACAGAGUCUAACUCGAUGCAGGCCAUCUUUUCUGACCCCGUCGUCUCCCUCUCAACGUUCUUCCAGACGACGCUCGAAGCGCUCGAACCGUCGCUCAGCCUUCGCUUGGCUCUGGUGGCCGAGUAUCACGCAAAGGGAGAAAAUCCGGAUUCAAAGGGCGAGCUUGGCGUGCUGCUCGAAGCGUGGCAACGAACGAUCAGAUUUGGCAAAGACGUACAAGACAUCUUGGACGCCUUGUUCUACGAGACCUACCCGCAACAAGCACACCAAAGUUCGACGGUGCUGACUACCUCACCGGGACAUAUGGUGACUUCCCCUUCCAGCAACCUGGCAACUUCGCUCUCGACAGGCCGCCGAUCUCGAUCGGGUUCAUUAGCCCAGAACCAGAAUCAGCCGGAAAAAAAGGCUUCGAGGCGGUUGUCCAGGACGUUUGGAGCGGCCGCCUUGUCCGGUGGUAACAUGAUCCCCGAGAUCGACCCUCAGCCUGCGUCGUCGGUAGCGCCCGCCUUCCUCAGUGUCGAGUCAGUCACCGGUCAAUGGGACACCGUACUGUAUGAACCAUUCUUGCAGUACCAAACCGAUUACCUGGCUCUGGAGAAACGGGCCAUGACGGCCCUCAUCAGGUCGGAAACCAUCUUUACGGAACCCGCUUCGAUGGCAGGGAGAGCACCUGGUGAAAGACUCUUGACCAAGGGAUCCAGGGUGAUCGAAAUCGCCGAAGAAGCGUUGGAACGCUGUACCGCCUUUACGCUCGGAUUCGGUCUCGCCGACCUCUUGGAGGCCGUCGCUUUCCUCAUGGAGACCUUUUUACACGAUUCCAAGGGGCUCUUGGAGCUCAAGGGAGGCGUUGGAGGUGUGAAAAGCGAAGGUGGAACUCGGUCCCGCGGGACAGUAGGGAUGGACAGCUUGGAUGAUCUGGACGAUCUCGCCGAUAUCGAUCUCGACCUGGAAGAUGCCGGUAGCGACGAGUUGACCACGUUUAAGCUCGGACUUGGGGUACUCCGGAGUUGCUCCAAGCUCAAAAGUCGGGUGGAAGCGUACAGUCAGAAGGUGGACUUGGCGCUGGGACAGACAUCUCGGUCGUUGAACGCCCUAGCGCAGGGCACGCCGAUACCUACUGAAGGUCACAUCGCCGGGGUGACGAAGGGCGCUCCGACCUUGCUGAAGCAGUCGAGUUUGCAUCAACUCGCCUUGUUGCGACUUAUGGACGGACAGCCAUCGAUCGAAGGGUUGCUUCCCGCGGUCACUUCCAUCAUCGAAUUCACCAAGGAUGCCCAGGCUGCCACUCAGAAGGCCAUUGUUGCGCCUAUUCAAGCCAUGCUGGCCGGGUAUCCGUCGUUGCCAUCGUGGUCGCAACCGGACAAGGUCGCACGUCGUGGGGAACUACACGUACCGACGUUCUCGUUGUCACCGACGGAUACAAUCUCGACCGUCACUGAGGGACUUCUUGACCUUUUGCGCCUGUUCGAGGGGUUCGCGCACGACGAAGGUCUUGGCUUCUCUUUGGGCACUUUACCGCACGUCAAUUCCGAAUUACUCCAGACCAUGACCCAAGCCGUACAGGAGGACGUAUCGGCACGGCCUCAGCACCAUCGUACCAUCUCAACCGUCGGCUCGUUUGCCGCUAUGAACGAAAAGCUGGGUCUGUCCAAAUCACCAGGCCCGAGUACACCGCUCGAGACGACCUUGCCCCAAGAAGUGAUCCUCUCUACUUGGGUAUCCUCGACGACGUCUGGCCUGCUUGAUCAGUUCACCAGCAAGAUCCUUCCCGAGAUCAAACGCCCCUUGACCAAUCAUGGAGCUACGCAACUCGCCACCGACCUGUCUUAUCUUGGGAACGCCACCCGCGCAAUGGAUGUGGAGUCUCAGCACCUCGAAUGCUGGCGAGAGAGCUGCGAGACCAAGUCGUCUGCCGAGUUGAAAGAGUUGAUGGCACAAGAAACGUUUGUCGCCAGGAGUCCCGAGGCCGUGGACAUCGCCCGGUACAUUGGUUGGUUACGGAAUUGGACAAUGGAAUAGCGUAUGAAGGGGUCUUUUACGCUUGCUUGUUGUAUCGAGAAUGUCGUGUUAUUCAGGUCAUAUCAACAGCAUACCCGGACGA